UGUCAUUUUUUUUUUAAUGUUUGGACAGAAAACUAUGACAACUGUUUUAUUUUGUUUCCGAUUAUAAAGAUAUUUAUCUUGUAAAUAAUAGCAUAAGAUCUUGUUGUAGCUGAGCCCCAAAAGCCGCCUCAAUGGCCAUUGCACGGCCACCUGGGAUGGAAUUUGACCACAACUGGCCUGAAAGCACGGAAUGUUUGACAUUGGAUUUUGGUCCAUUCGAAACAGUGCACAGAUGGAGACGAAUGCCAGAAUGUGAUGAAUUUGUUGGUGCCAGACGCAGCAAGCAUACUGUUGUAGCAUACAAAGAUGCCCUUUAUGUUUUUGGUGGUGACAAUGGAAAAAAUAUGCUCAAUGACCUUCUCAGGUUUGAUGUCAAGGACAAGUCAUGGGGAAGGGCAUUUACAACUGGCAAGCCACCCGCUCCACGUUACCACCAUUCUGCUGUGGUUCACGAGACCAGCAUGUUUGUCUUUGGUGGUUACACAGGUGACAUCCACUCCAACUGCAACCUCACAAACAAGAAUGAUCUCUUUGAGUACAAGUUCAAUACUGGACAGUGGGUGGAGUGGAAAUUUGAUUGCAGAACACCAGUUGCUCGAGCGGCACAUGGCACAGCAGUGUAUGAUGGGAAGUUGUGGAUAUUCGCUGGGUAUGAUGGAAAUGCUAGACUAAAUGACAUGUGGACAAUAUCUCUCAUUGGUGAGAGGAAAAAUUGGGAAGAGGUGAUUCAGAGUGGCGACAUUCCACCCACCUGCUGUAACUUUGCACUCGCUGUGGCUCGAGACAAGAUGUAUGUGUUUUCCGGUCAGAGUGGAGCCAAAAUCACAAACAAUCUGUUUGAGUUCAACUUUGAGGAAAAUCAAUGGUCGAGAAUCUCAACAGAUCACAUUCUGCGUGGAGCCCCGCCUCCUCCAGAGAAGAGAUACGGACACAUCAUGGUUUCGUUCGACCGACAUCUCUACGUGUUCGGUGGAGCCACGGGCCAGACUCUGCCUAACGAACUGUACUGUUUUGACCUUGACUCUCAGACAUGGUCUAUCAUUGAUUCGUCAUCUGACAGUCAAAUACCUGCUGGUCGGCUAUUCCAUGCCGCCGCUGUAGUUAGUGACGCUAUUUAUAUAUUUGGUGGAACUGUCGACAAUAAUGUGAGGAGCGGAGAAAUUUUCAGAUUUCAGUUUUCCAGCUAUCCAAAGUGUACUCUUCAUGAUGACUAUGAAAAGCUUUUGGAAAGCAAACAGUUCUGUGAUGUCAAUUUCCUUGUGGGAGAAGAAGGUAUAGUAAUCCGAGCUCACAUAGCACUUAUAGCAGCACGUUCUGCAUGGCUUAGAGACCGAAUACGGAGUACAUUGAUACAGAAUGCAGGCAAGGAUUCGGAUCAGUUAGACGUCCCCCUUCCUGAUGCCAAUCCACAUGCCUUUGAAAUGGUUCUUUCCUAUAUCUACACUGAUAGAAUACAUCCAACAAAGAAAGGCCAGGAUCCGAACAGUAAUGAAGUGAUACUGAUAAUGAUGGAUGUCUACAGACUUUCUCUGCAGUUUCACAUGUCUCGUCUUGAACAGCUGUGUGUUCAGUAUCUGGAGACGUGUAUCGGUCACAAGAAUGUACUCGUUGCUCUACAUAAUGCUGCAAAGUUAAAACUUGACUUUCUCAAGGAGUACUGCCAGAGGUUCAUAGUGAAAGACAGCAACUACAACCAGAUAGUGAUGAGUAAGGAGUUUGAAACUCUAGAUCAGCCCCUCAUGGUGGAGAUAAUUCGACGGAGACAGCAGCCCCACACUCGCAUGCUGGAUCCCCACCCAGACCCAGUCAUUACAAAUUCGUUAGAGAAGGACUUGGAAGCGUUUCUGAAGACGACUGGUGUUGAGUUCUGCGAUAUCACUCUCAUGUUGGAUGGCGUGUCAAUCACGGCUCACAAAGCCAUCCUGGCUGCACGCAGCAGCUACUUUGAGGCUAUGUUCAGGUCAUUCAUGCCAGAGAAUAACAUCGUCAAUAUCACAAUAGGAGAGAUGGUCCCGUCUCGUGCAGCGUUUGACAGUCUGAUGCGGUACAUUUACUAUGGUGAUGUGUCGAUGCCACCGGAAGACUCCCUCUAUCUGUUUCCUGCACCUUACUUCUAUGGGUUUACCAACAACAGAUUGCAGGCAUUUUGCAAGCACAAUCUGGAAAUGAAUGUGUCCUUUACGAAUGUUAUUCAGAUACUGGAAGCUGCAGAUAAAAUCCAGGCAAUGGAUAUGAAGAAACAUGCACUGGAUAUUAUUGUUCACCACUUUCCAAAGGUCGCCCGUCUUCCACAGAUGCGCCGGUUGUCACGAGACCUCCUGCUGGACGUGGUUGAUGCCCUUGCCGAUGAAAUGAGCGAAUCUCGUCUCUGUCAGGACAUGUCCUACGCUAGUCUCAAUGAAGUGGGGAGUGGUUUAUGACUAUGAAAGUGUCAGGACAUUUCUUGUGCUAGUCUUGAAGUGGGAAGUACAGGACAUGUCCUACGCUAGUCUCAAUGAAGUGGGGAGUGGUUUAUGACUAUAAAAGUGUCGGGAUAUGUCUUGUGCUAGUCUUCAAGUGGGAAGUGCAGGAUAUGUCUUAUGCUAGUCUCAAUGAAGUGGGAAGUGCAAGAAACGACCUCGUUUUGGCUUAGUGGAAUGAGAAGUGCAAGACAUAUCUUAUGCUAGACUUUAUGAUAUGGGAAGUGCAAGACAUGACCUGUUCUAGUCUAAAAAUUAGAACUGCAAGACAUGUUUUAUGCUAGUUUCAGUGAAGUGGGAAGUGCAAGACAUGUCUUAUGCUGGUCUCAAUGAAGUGAGAAGUGCAAGACAUGUCUUAUGCUGGUCUCAAUGAAGUGAGAAGUGCAAAACAAGUUAUACUGGUCUCAAUGAAGUGGGAAGUGAAAGACAGGUCUUAUGCUGGUCUCAUUGAAGUGAGAAGUGAAAGACAGGUCUUAUGCUGGUCUCAUUGAAGUGAGAAGUGAAAGACAGGUCUUAUGCUGGUCUCAAUGAAGUGGGAAGUGCAAGACAUGUCUUAUGCUGGUCUCAUUGAAGUGAGAAGUGAAAGACAGGUCUUAUGCUGGUCUCAAUGAAGUGGGAAGUGCAAGACAGGUCUUAUGCUGGUCUCAUUGAAGUGAGAAGUGAAAGACAGGUCUUAUGCUGGUCUCAUUGAAGUGAGAAGUGCAAGACAUGUCUUAUGCUGGUCUCAUUGAAGUGAGAAGUGCAAGACAGGUCUUAUACUGGUCUCAUUGAAGUGAAAAGUGAAAGACAGGUCUUAUGCUGGUCUCAAUGAAGUGGGAAGUGUAAGACAGGUUUUAUGCUGGUCUCAUUGAAGUGGGAAGUGCAAGACAGGUCUUAUGCUGGUCUCAUUGAAGUGAAAGACAGGUCUUAUGCUGGUCUCAAUGAAGUGAGAAGUGAAAGACAGGUCUUAUGCUGGUCUCAUUGAAGUGAGAAGUGAAAGACAGGUCUUAUGCUGGUCUCAAUGAAGUGGGAAGUGAAAGACAGGUCUUAUGCUGGUCUCAAUGAAGUGGGAAGUGCAAGACAUGUCUUAUGCUGGUCUCAAUGAAGUGGGAAGUGAAAGACGGGUCUUAUGCUGGUCUCAUUGAAGUGGGAAGUGAAAGACAGGUCUUAUGCUGGUCUCAAUGAAGUGGGAAGUGCAAGACAUGUCUUAUGCUGGUCUCAAUGAAGUGGGAAGUGAAAGACGGGUCUUAUGCUGGUCUCAUUGAAAUGGGAAGUGAAAGACAGGUCUUAUGCUGGUCUCAAGGAAGUGGGAAGUGAAAGACAGGUCUUAUACUGGUCUCAAUGAAGUGGGAAGUGAAAGACAGGUCUUAUGCUGGUCUGAACAAAAUGUGAAGUACAAGAUGUAUCUUGUGCUGGCUUUAUUAGCUGGUAAAUGGAAGUCAGUUUCUGCUGCUGUUAUGGAAGUGUCCAUGUCAUGUUUUGUUAAGUCUCAAUGAGCAUGGAAGUGCAAGACAUGUCUUAUGUUAGUCUCAACGAAGGGGGAAAGGCUAGUUUCAUUAAGUUGUAAAUAGAAAGUUGUUUCUGUUACUCUUGUUGAACGAGGUAGUGCAGGUCAUAUCUUGUACUAAUCUCAAUGAGUGCAAUACAUGGCAUAUGUGUAUUUUAUUCAGUGACAAAUGAGAGCAAUCCUCUUAAAGUUGACAAAUAGGUCAGUUUCAGUGGACCAGAAAGUACAAGACAUGUCCGAAGCUAGUUAUCUCUUUCGUAUGAAUAAAAUGGGACUGUGAAAUUGUGAAAUAUGCCUUGACGAAGGUGACAAGUGAAUCUCAGGGUUGUUUUUAAAUGUGGCAGAGUGCUCGUCAGGAUCUCAGUAGAGCAGAUACACACAUAUACAUGUUCUACUACUCAUCUUUCUAAUGUGUUUGUCAACAUAUGAUCAUGAUGAAAUGAAUAAUGUUUUUCCUUAAUGUAUUACUGUUAUGUUAAUUUCAUUGAACAUGACAAGUGCAGAGAUGUUAAUUUCACUGAAGAUGACAAGUGUGGAGUCGAUUUCAUCUUACUCAUUGAAAAUGUGUUAUUUAUUCAGUGGAAAUUGUUUUGUUAUGAACAUAAGGUUAUUGAGUGCAGUAAUCUUGACCUCAGUCUUUAAAGGUUACUGUAGAAAGGGGUCCAGACAGGCUACAUUGAAGUGAAAAGUAUGUCAUAAAUCAUUGCCUUCGAGUUAAAUAGGUAACUUUCACUUGGAUCAGUCGACUGUUUACUGUAUGUUUACUAUGUUAUGUUACUUGCUGUGGAGUGAUAAAUGUUAUGUGUUUCACAUUAAAAGACACUUUGUUAUACUGCUUUAAAAAACAUACAUUUCAGAGUUACACUGCAAAAUGUUUCAGUAUGAUGGAGAAUCUGGGACACUUGAAUGUCAAGUCACAAUCAGUUUCUUGUAAUAUUUAUUUUUUGUAUCAUAGGCAUGUGGGAUCAUUCUAUUGUAGUGGUUCCAAACCGGUUGUAUAUUUCUGAAAAUGUUUACAUGUGUUUUUAAAAGUUUUAAUUUAUGACAUUCAACGAUUUGCAGAUAAUCAUGUAUGUAUCUGAAGAUACCAGCAACUGGGGGACAGGGGCGGGAGUUGUAUAAUAAUUCACUUUUUAACUAGGGGAAGAGGGGGCAAUACUUAACGAUAAUCUUUAGGGUUAAUGCUAUGCCUAUACAAGGUUCAGUUAAACAUUGGGAAAAAACCCUUGCCGAGAGCUGGUAAUACAGUCUUUCAGCUAGACACAGGUGCUGGUUACAGGGUUUCACUUUUUGGUGUACAUGGUGUCACGGUAAAAGGGUAAAAUAAGUUUGAUGAACCCAAGGUAAUUACUAAAUUAAAAUGGCAGACCGUAGAUUUUAAACACUUAGUCAUAUUUUACACUACUAGAGCCGCUUUUGAUAAUUGAACUCGAACAUUACCUAGAUUUUACUGUUUAGAUCAUCAUCCAUUUCUGGUUCUGGUCAUCCUGGUAUUUGUAGUACUACAACUGCAUUUUUCAUAUUUUUAACAACUCACAUACGUUUGAUACAAGCGCUUGUCCGUUUAACGGUAAUUCUCCAUUUCAGUAUCUCAGACUCUUGUUUAUUGUAAUUUUAUUACAGGUUUGUAGAUUACGUAACCAAACUGAGUGUCCAUUUUCACAGUUGUUAAACUAAGGUCUAUAUAGUAAAAGUAAUGUCUCUAUUUAAACCACAAGUUUAAAAUAUCAACAUAAUCUUGAAUGACAUAAAACCAACCAUGGGUUAUUGGUUAACCAAACUUUGUGUCCAUUUUCACAGUUUUAAACUAAGAUUGCAACUUGAAUGGUGCAGUCGGUUUGGGUAAUUACUGACCACAUCAAACCAAACCUGGGUUAUUGGUUGACUGUGUGGUUGUAUUGUUCUGUAGUUACCAGAUGCUGGUUAGAAACAAGAACCCUGUAUUCUGUAUAGUUUACUAGUAGUUAAACUGUUGUUGUUAUUUGUACACAUUUAGUAUUAUAGGCUCACUUUCCAUUGAUGCAAUUUUGUGCACAUUUCAGCGCACAUGGUUUUUUAAAUUUAUUUUUAUUCACUUUAUUCAGUGCAGAAGUUUAUUGAUACAGUGCGUUUACAUAGUACCUUUCUAUAAGCAAGCUGAAAAAAGUUCUUCGAUGAGUUUUUCUGCAUUGUGACGCCAUAAUGUGAAGUAUUUACUUUCGGCUUAAAAGUACACUUCCUCGAUGUCAAAUUCGGUAAAGUAAUUCGCUUGCAAAAACGCAGAUAUAGAAAAGUGCAUAGAUCAUGUUAAUGGAAAGCGGGUCUUAUUAUUGGAAUUGUUACACAAGUCUGCCUAACCCCAGGCUUGGUGCUUAUAAAACUUUUUAGAGUCUAGACUCAAGACUAAUAGAGUCUGAGACGUGAAUGUCAUGGUAACGCCAUACAAACUGUAUGCGUGUGAAGUCAUUAGAGAUUGAGCCUGAACUCUAAAAGUUUUAUAAGCUCGGGCCCUGGGCAUCUCAUCAGUAUUACUGUUUCAGUGGGGAUAUCUUGUAUCUAGUGUGUUGCAGCUGCUGUCAUAAUGUGUGUGUUUAUCAGGUUUGAUAGAUUACUUAUACAUUCAUGUGCAUGUAGAUUUAUAAUCGAGCCAGUUGUAUAUGCAUUUAUUUUGUAAGAUUUAAAUUGUUCUCAUUGUGGACUAAAAUGGGAAAAAUGUCAUUUGGAGAACUAUUCCUUAGGAUAUACACAUGUACUGCCAUAUCAGAGAGAGAGAGAGAGAGAGAGAGAGAGAGAGAGAGAGAGAGAGAGAGAGAGAGAGAGAGAGAGAGAGAGAGAGAGAGAGAGAGAGAGAGAGAGAGAGAGAGAGAGAGAGAGAGAGAACAAAUAGGUAUUUUGAACAAUGAAUUAUGAAGAAAAAAAAAUCAGCAACAAAUAAGGAUUUUUUAAAAGCUCAAACCUCACGAAACAUAAACACUACUCAAGUCUGAAUAAACUUAGUUGAUGUCUCACCACUAUUUAAUAUUUGUACAGCAACAAAAAUAAAGAGAUUGAAAAGAUGCUUCAGUGUGGCAAACUGCAUUUAUAGGUGAUGUAGAUUUGAGAUAUCCAGCAACAUACAUUUAACAGUGUCUUGUGGACAAUUAAACUGGAUGAUUUAUUCUAAAUGUUUGAAUACUGAAAUAUAGGCCUACCGUAGAUUGCCGCAUUAAUAAAAACAGUUUGUCCACCAGUCAUGAAAAUAAUCUAUAUUUAUCUUUAUAUAAUCCCUAAAAACAUAUAAUUCAGUGAAUUACAUAUUAAUUGGUACUGUACAUCUGAAAUCAUGAGCUUCUAUUGUGAUGGCUGUGUAUUUAUUGUUAGUGCACAGUAAAUAUAUUGUGAUACAU